GGAGGCGCGCCUCCGCCGCCGCCCUCCUCCUCCUCCCGGCCGGUGCCUCAGGGCGAGAUGCAGGCGCCGGAAAGAAAGCGCGCGCGGGAGAGACGGCGAGCAGCUCCCCGCGUCCCCUUCUGAGGGCGCCUCCUUCGCCGUUGUGUAGCGCAGCCGUGCGCCUCAGGGCCCGUCCAAAGCUGCGGAGGCGCUUCUCCUGAGGGGCUGAAAACGGAGAUGGAGCCGGAAGGUUGCCCUCAUUCUUCUUUUCAAAUCAAAUGUCACAUUGACUCAAGGACAGUGCUGGAAACUUGUAGUGAGUUGCAGCGUGUGGAUCCCAUUCAGUGCACUCUUCAACCUGGAAGAAAGCCUAAAACCAAAUGCCAUUUGGCCAAAAAGCAUCCUCUGCCAAAACCCCAAGUACCUCCAAAACCUGUUCAUCUCCAGCCUGCUGGGCACGAGAAGAUUCCUCCAGCACCAUCUAGGCCUUUGCCAGCAGAUCCCAAGUCAACAAGAAGCCCAGUGCCUGAAGAAGAAACAACACAGACCUCACCAGACAUUAACAGACUCAUUGAAAAAUUCGAAAGUAUUAGGAGGCCCAUCCAUGCUGUUCAAAGAAACCAGUUCAACUUAGCUUUUAAAAUGGAACCUGAGACAGACUCUUCCAAACAGUGUUGCCCAAGCAUCUGUGAUGCAGUAGGUUCCACUGCAUCUUCUACCAAUGAAAAUAAAGAGCCGGAUGAGAGCGAACCUGGCAUGUUGUGUAACACUGAACUGUCUAACACAGACAUAAUGAAAAUUAAAGAACUAAAUAUAGAUGACAGCACAAGCACUGAAGAUUGUGCUGAUGUGCAGGUCAGCAAAGCCCCCACGGAAGAGCUUGGGCCUAAGGACUCAUCCGUGGAGCUGAACAGUAAUGGUAAAAUUCCCAAUAGGGACAGUGGGAUUGACAGCCCUUCUUGUAGUGUGGCAGGAGAGACUUUCCUGAAUGAAGAUGGUGUGGAGCAGAAAAAGGUCACUGUGACCGGGAACCCAGUGGAGGUGGAGACGGACAAAAAGGGUGCCAGGUUUUCUGCUGGAGAGCAGAAAAGAGACUCUGCUCAGGAUGAAGACAGUGACAUAGAUGAAGGAAGCAGUGAGGAGCAAGAGACAGCGGAAGUGCCAAAACUGGAAUGUGUGGACAUUAACAAGUGUUCAGAGCCACAGAAGCUGUUUAACAUUGCAAGUGAACUUCUUCAUACGGAAGAAGCUUAUGUUAAAAGGCUUCAUCUUCUGGAUCAGGUUUUUUGCACUAAAUUGUUUGAGGCGGGGAUUCCACCCGAUGUGGUAACAGGGAUCUUUUCAAAUAUUUCUUCCAUCUAUCGCUUCCACGAACAGUUUCUUCUGCCUGAGCUCAAAACAAGGAUUACAGAUGAGUGGAACACAAACCCAAGGCUCGGAGACAUCGUCCAAAAACUUGCUCCAUUUCUGAAGAUGUAUGGAGAAUAUGUAAAGAAUUUUGACAGAGCAAUGGACAUGGUGAACACAUGGAUGCAGAGAUCUGUUCCUUUUAAAGCUGUUAUUCAAAACAUACAGAAAGAAGAAAUAUGUGGAAACUUGACGUUACAGCAUCACAUGCUGGAACCUGUACAGCGGAUUCCACGCUAUGAACUUCUCCUAAAGGAUUACCUUAAAAAACUUCCUGAAGAGUCACUAGACCGAAAAGAUGCUGAAAAAUCACUGGAGCUCAUUUCUACUGCGGCAAACCAUUCAAACGCAGCCAUCCGAAAGAUGGAAAAGAUGCACAAGCUGUUAGAAGUGUAUGAGCGCCUUGGAGGAGAAGAGGAUAUUGUUAAUCCAGCCAAUGAAUUGAUUAAAGAAGGGCAUAUUCAGAAACUGUCAGCAAAGAAUGGCACCGCUCAGGAUAGGUAUCUAUUUCUGUUUAACAGCAUGGUGUUGUACUGCGUGCCCAAACUGAGAUUAAUAGGCCAGAAAUUCAGUGUGCGAGAAAAGAUCGAUAUAGCAGGAUUGCAGGUCCAGGAAAUCAGCAAGCAAAACGUGGCUCAUACAUUCUCAAUAACAGGAAAGAAGAGAUCACUGGAGCUACAAGCUAGGACAGAAGAAGAGAAGAAAGAAUGGAUCCAGGUCAUUCAAGCAACAAUUGAAAAACAUAAACAGAACAGUGAAACUUUUAGAGCUUAUAAUAGCUCUUUUUCUCAAGAAGACGAGCAUCUCCCAGAUUCAUCAAUAGCGAGCACCAGUUCUGUCGAAUCCAUGCCAGGAACAGAUGGUAGCAGCACAUCUGGAGGGCCUGAGUGUUGCAGAAAAUCUUCCAAAUCAAAGAGAGAAAAGGAGAAGCAAGCUUGCAAAAGCUGCAGUGAAAGCUUCAACUCCAUUACAAAAAGACGUCACCAUUGCAAGCAAUGUGGGGCAGUUAUCUGUGCAAAAUGCUCUGAAUUUAAAACACUUGCUGAUAACAGCCGCCACAACCGAGUGUGUAAAGAAUGUUUUCAACUGCCGUCAGCAAUCCCGUGUGUCUUGGGCAAUGAAGGUGCAGGAGAACAAAAGAAAAAAAUGGCAACAGAGAAGCAAAGCGUUUUGGGAGCAGAAAGCAGCCUUUUCAGCAGUCACCUCCUGUUCCAAGAAAAAGGAAAGACUUGGUGUAAAGUUUGGGUCACCAUCCCUAAGGCUGAACCUCUCGUCUUAUAUCUACAAGGAGGCAGUCAGGAUGGACGGAUUCCACGAAGCAUACCCCUACCAGGAUAUGAAGUUGAAUUUCUGCAUUCUGGUGAGAAGUUUGACUCAAAACAUGUUUUCAAACUCUGCCAGUCCCAACAGACUAUGUAUUUCAGUGCAGACGAUGAAGAGUUGCAAAUAAAAUGGAUGGAUAUUCUCUCCAAAGCAGCUAAAGGGGAGAUUUAUGAUCCAAGUGAAGGAGCCAGUGAGCCCUAAAGCCUUUUUCUGGGGUCCAAGAUAUAUUUCGGGAGCAGGGGGCUGAACUUGAUAAUCAUGGCACUUUCAAAAUCUGUAUGGUUUUCUCCCCCCCCCUUUAUUAUUGUACAUUCAUCACAUACAGUUCUGAUUGUCUGGCAUAUAUGUUAGAUGGGAAAAGUAAGUGUAGUAAUUAAUGGUGUUCUUGUUGACAUUGAUGGAAAAGAAAAGAAGGAGCAAGCAUUAAUUUUUUGAGAGUAACUGCAAAAAAAUCAUAAUUCAAGAUA